AUGCAGCAGCAGCAGCAGCUGCAGCAGCAGCAGCAGCAGCAGCAGAAGCAGCAACAACAGCAGCAGCAACACGACCAUCAGCAGCACCACCACCACCACCACAGUCCACAUCCACAGCAGAACCGGCAGCAGCAGCAGCAGCAGCAGCAAAACCUCCAGCAGCACAGCCAGCAGCAGCAGAAGCAGCAGCCAUCCCAUCAUCAGCAGCUGCAGCAGCACAAACAGCACAACCAGCAGCACCACAACCACAACCAGCAGCAGAAGGAGCAGCAGCAGCAGCAGCAGCAGCCUAUGGCGUUACACUUCGCCUUCCAGCAGCAGCAGCAAACACAGCAGCAGCAGCAGCAGCAGCAGCAGCAACACCACCAACUACUGCUUAGCCAGAAGCAGCAGCAGUUACCUAAACAGCAGCACAAACAGCAGCAGCAGCAGCGGCAGAUGCAGAUUCCUCUGUCAUUUCAGCAGCACUACUCGCAGCCGAAGCAGCAGCAGCAGCAACAGCCACCUCAACAGCAGCACAAGCAGCAGCAGCAACACAAGCAGCAGCAGCACGAGCAGCAGCAGCAGCCGCAGCAACCACAGGGAGGUUUAUUUGCCUUUUUGCUGCUGCUAUUUAAAAUAAUUCUUCAUUCUUUCAGAAGCUCAACUGUUUCUUUUGCUUUUGCUGCAGCAGCAGCAAAUGCAGCAUUUGCUGCACUGCUGCUGCGCAGCAUCUGGAAAAAGCCCUUCAACAAGGAAGCAGCAGCAGGCUCCUAUCCCCAAACCAGCAGCAGCAGCAGCAGCAGCAGCAGCAGCAGCAGCAGCAGCAGCAGCAGCAGCAAAGUUGUACUUGCAGUUGAGAAGGGACCGCUGUGGAAGGUAAGAAGGCUCGCCAAGGCGAUUACUAGGGCAAUAUCAUUUUGCUGCAGACUCCGCAGCAGCAGCAGCAGCAGCAGCAGCAGCAGCAAGUUGAGUGAAGCGCAGCGGCAGCUGCUGCGGGAGAAGCGGUGGCUGCCCUGGAUCCUAGAAGAACGGGAGAGGGCGGCAGCAGCAAAAGCAGCAGCAGCAGCAGCAGCGGCAGCAGCAGCAGAUGCAGCAAUAGCAUCUGCUGCAAGAACAACAACAACAACAGCAGCAGCAGCAGCAGCAGCAGCAGCAGCAGCAACAGAAGCGAAGGCUGCUGAAGAUAUUUUCUUUUCCCCAGACUCUCUAGGCGUCAAGGAAGAAGCAGCAGCAGCAGCAGCAGAUGCAGCAGCCAGCGCAGCAGCAGCAGCAGAAAGGGAGGCAGCAGCAGAUGCAGCAGCAGCAGCAGCAGCAGCAGCAGCAGCAGGGGAGGAGUCCUCCAUGCUGCUGUGGCCUCCAAGCGAGUUGCUGCCUCUCUGCCCCUUGAUGUCUUGCUGCAGCACAGCACAUUCACUGUCUCCUGAGUUAGCAGCAGCAGCAGCAGCAGCAGCAGAAGCAGAAGCAGAAGCAGCAGCAGCAGCAGAAGCAGCAGCGGCAGCGGAAGCAGAAGCAGAGACAGCAGCAGCAGCAGCAGAAGCAGCAGCACUUGAAGGCUUGCUGCAGUCAUAUCGACACAAACCCCCGCUUCUUCACUGGCUGUUAUAUUAUGCAGCAGCUUUGCUGUGGACUCUGCAGGUGUAUAUUGUUGUCUUGCUGCAGGGGCCUCAGCUGCAGACUGAAGCAGCAGCAGCAGCAGCAGCAGCAGCAGCAGCAGCAGCAGCAGGGGUAGGACCAGGGGGCAUCCCAUUACCCAACAGCAGCAGCAACAGCAUUAGCAGCAGCAACAGCAGCAGCUGCAGCAGCACAGUGUAUCUGCUGCUGCUGCUUUCAGAGUGUUUACUUGCUUCGUGUCUAAUCUGGGCCUUGCUGCUCGAGAGGAAGCUCUUUGCUGGCAGCAAACGGAAGCAGCAGCAGCGCAGCAGCAAACUGAUGGGGGGCCUCCUGCUGCUGCUCUGCUGCUGCUCUGCUGCUGCAGUAGGGUGGCUAGUGAUUGUCCCGCAAGGCCCAGCAGCAGCAACCCCUCCACCACCACCACCAGCAGCAGCAACAGCAGCAACAGCAGCAACAGCAGCACAAAUACCCCAGGGAAGGCCCUGGGGCCCCGCUGAGGCUGACGCUGUCUCCUUUCUUUCAAUGUUCAGAGAAGAGGAGACACCAAUGCUGCUGCAGCAGCAAGAGCAGCAGCUGCAGCAACGAGAGAAGCAGCAGCAGCAGCAGAAGCAGCAGCAGCAACUCACCCACCAGCAGCAGAGACGGGCUCCCUUCUUCACGCCCAGGAGCAGCAGCAGCAGCUUCUUUGCACUGCAUGCUAGCAGCAGCAGCAGCAACAGCAGCAGCAGCAGCAGCAGGAACGAAGCAGCAGCAGCAACCUCACAGGCUGAGCAGAUGGAGAGGGCCGCCCCCAGAAGACUCAGCGCUGCUGCUGUCAGCACUCCUCAGGUUAUUGGAGAGACUGCUGCUGCUGCUGCUGCUGACGGCAGCAGCAGCAGCAGCAACAGCAGCAACAGCAGCAGCAGCAGCAGCAAGGCAAGCAGCUUAUGGCAUCGCUUUGCUGCUGCAGCAGAAGCAGCAGCUGCAUCGAUUUUAAACUCUGGGGUGUCUGUGGGCCCGAAUACUACAAAAGGGUUGCUGCUGUGCGGUUUGCUGCUGCUGCUGCUGCUGCUCCGCGUUGCUGCUGCAGUGGUGCUGCUGCGCAUGCUAAGAGGCAGAGACAAACUGCAGCAAAAAAGAGACUCCUCACAACGCGUCUCACUCAAGUGGAUUCUGGGCUUGAAGCACGGAGUAGAAAUAGCAUGCGAGUUGCUAACAAUGAAGCAGGAAGAUGGUGAAUCAGACAGCAGCAGCAGCAGCAACAGUAGCAGCAGCAUCGGGGCUGCUGCAGGAGACACGGGUGUUGCUGCUGCUAGCAGAGACGACAGCAGCAGCAGCAGCAGCAGCAACAGCAGCAGCAGGGAACAGGGAGAGGGUUUGCUUGAACCCUCAGCAGGAGAAGCUGCUGUAGGUGACUCCCCUCCCACAGCAGCAGAAGCAGAAGCAGAAGCAGCAGCAGCAGCAGCAGCAGCAACUAAGGACUCUAAAUCCCGCAGAAAAAGCAGCUUAAGGGGGAGUCAAGGGCACCUUGGCCCCGAUGAAGCAGCAGCAGCAGCAGAGCAAGCAGCAGCAGCAGCAGCGCAAGCAGUAGCUGCAGCAGAGAGCGCAGCAGCAGCAGCAUACGGUGGUCGCAGCAGCAGCAACAGCAGCAGCAGCAGCACCAUAUCCCCCCUCAGCAACAGCGACAGCAACGACAACCCCACCAACACCAACAACAACAGCAUGAGCAGCAGCAGCAGCAGCAGCAGCAGCAGCAGCAGGGGGCCUCCAGACAUUCGCUCGCUUCUAUUUCCUAAUAAUAACGAUGACGAGUUUAAUUAUUUUGCUGAGCCCAGCGGCACUCAGCUUUUCAUAGAAAGAGACGGGACAGUUCGAGGUAAUAACAUUGAAUGUGCUGCUGCUGCUGCUCGUGCUGCUGCUCUUGCUGCUGCUCGUGCUGCUGCUCGUGCUGCUGCUCUUGCUGCUGCUCUUGCUGCUACUCGUGCUGCUGCGCGUGCUGCUGCUCGUGCUGAUGCUGUUGCUGCUGCUGAUGCUGCUGCUGAUGCUGCUGCUGAUUUUGCUGAUGCUGCUGAUGCUGAUGAUGCUGAUGAUGCUGAUGCUGCUGCUGCUGAUUUUGCUGCUGCUGCUGAUGAUGAUUUUCCUGCUGCUGCUGCUGCUGAUGCUGAUGAUGCUGUUGAUGGGCGCCCCGGGGGUCGAUCGCGGCUGCCGCGGCAGCAAAUUUUGUCUCCUUUUUACGAUAGUAUGUUCCCUGAAGAAGAUGCAUUUGAAUUGCAGCAGCAGCAGCAGCAGCAGCAACGGUUGCUGCAGCAGCAGCAGCGGCUGCCCUCUUCCAUACCUUAUCUAGCGGGGUCAGCACCUCCAACGGCUUUCAUCAACAGCAGCAGCAGCAGCAGCAGCAGGGUUGCUGCAGUAGCUCUCGACGAGUUGCGGCUGCUUGAAGAGCUCUCAGCAGCAGGAGCUGAUGCAGAUUUAAGACAGCAGCUUGAAGAAACCCUGCAGCAGCAUGUUAGACAAAUCGGCAGCAGCGUAGGGGGGUCUUUCGUUGAGGAGGGACAGAGUGCGUUUGGCCUCGGUGUGGAGUCUCCUUUCAAUGGGUAUUUGCUGUCCUUUGUGAUUGGAUUUGGCGGCAUUCUGCUGCUCUCGAUUUUCAUCUGUUGUCUGAGGGCGGCAUAUGUUAAGCACAUGAAAAAGAAGCUGGAGGCGCAGCUCAAAGCAAUCAAAGGAGAAGAUGAGCAGGGAGAUGCAGAAGACGACGAAGAGCAGCAGCAGCAGCAGCAGCAAGCGGAUGAAGGUUGGGUGAAUGUCUCUGUAGAGCAGCAAAACCCUAAAGUAGAUGAACAUAUCCAAAAUGCAGCGAAUGAAGUCGUCAGCACUACAGCAGCAGCAGCAGCAGAAGAUGAAGAGCAGCAGCAGCAGCAGCAGCAAAGCGAAGGCCGGCGUCGAGAUAAGAAGAAAGGGGACAGAAGCAAAGAUAGAGAAGGCAGCAAAGAGAGAAAGGAGUCAAAAAAAGAUAAGAAGAAAGACAAAGAUAAAAGCAAAGAUAAAGAUAAAGAUAAGACCAAAGAUAAAGAUAAAGAUAAAGAUAAAGAUAAAGAUAAAAAAGAUAAAUCAGAGGGUAAUGAACAACUCGAAAGAAAACAAUCAAAAGAAAAAGAAAGAAAAAGAAGAGAGAAGGAGCUUAUGAAGAUACUUUCAUCAAAACGCACCGUCCGACUUGGCUAG